GUACUGAUGCAGAGCGGAGCCUGAACGCCCGAAGAGUCAGACUGGCAGUGCUUUUCCUAUAGCAUUCGAGGUAUUUGAAACCCUCAAGUUUAAUAGUGCAAUGGCGUCCUCUGGAGAUAUCCAUGUUAAGGAGCUGGACAAGCGUGCUUCUGGACAAGCAUUUGAGGUCAUUCUGAGCCCCUCGGCACCAGAUGCCAAGGGAGAUUUUCCUCUAUCCACCCCAAAAAAGAAGGAGGUGUCGUUGGAUGAGAUCCAGAAGAAACUGGAUGCAGCAGAGGAGAGACGUAAGAAUCAUGAGGCAGAGGUCCUGAAGCACUUGGCUGAAAAGCGAGAACAUGAGAAGGAGGUUCUCCAGAAAGCAAUGGAGGAGAACAACAACUUCAGCAAGAUGGCAGAAGAAAAACUCAACCAGAAAAUGGAAGCAAACAAAGAAAACCGUACAAAACAGAUGGCAGCAAUGAAUGAGAAAUUUAAGGAGAAGGACAAGAAAAUUGAAGAAGUCCGAAAGAACAAAGAAACAAAAGAUGGGGGCGAGGCUGAAGAGAACUGAGGGUUUUUUUUUCUUUCUUCUUUUGUGCUACUCAGUUUUAGGGUUGGUAUUUUUUUUUCUUUUACUUAUCCAAAGAUUUAUUUUUGCUCCGUUAUAUGGCCAGUAUUAUGUGUUUGUUUUGACGCGCUUUAGCUAAAGGUUAGGGGAGAAGCAGGUGCAUAAUUAUCUUUUACCUUCCUGUGCUCAGACCUACUUUAUAUUUCCAUCACCUGUAGAGUUGUCUAUUUGCAGCUUUUGGCCUGUUAAAUAAGCAGUCUUUUAUCCUAUUGGGAAGCAUGCCUGUGUUACACAUAGGUCUCUGGCUUUGUUUAUUGCAUUGUGCAAGUUGACCUGUACCUGUGUAUGUCAGAACUGCAGUUCUUUGAGCUUAAUAAAGGUGCACAGUUGCUUGUUAUGUUUUAGCAUUUAACAGUUUUAGAUCUGCCCUUUUUGAAGAUAUUCAUUUAUGAACAGAUAAUAUCCGCUUGUCUGUGUAACUCUCUUUCCAUCUGGUUAACAAGCACAUUCCUGCAUUUACCUUGUCAUUGGUAAACUUGUUAAUAUUUGUCGAGAAACACAGAUCCAUACUAAAAUCAAAC